AAUAUUCUAGGAGACAUUCAAAGGAUCCAAUCUAACAAGAAAGGGAAUACUGAGGGGAAAAGAAACAAAGAGACACGUCAUGAAAGCCCCCAGCGCAGAAAGACUUCAUACCAGGAAAUACUUCAGCGACUAGACACCAAGGAGAAACAACAUGAAUGCUCCCAGUGUUACAAAACAUUUGCUAGACGUUCUGAUCUUGUAAUUCAUCAAAUAAUUCACACAGGAGAAAAUCCCCAUCAGUGCGGUACAUGUGGGAAGGCCUUCAGCAAAGUGUGUCAUCUCAAGACACACCAGAAGAUCCAUACUGGGGAAAAGCUAUAUAAGUGCACUACAUGUGGGAAGGUCUUUAAACAAUUGUCUAAUCUCAAGGGACACCAGAUGAUCCAUACUGGGGAAAAGCCACACCAGUGCAGUACAUGUAGGAAGGCCUUUCGUCAUAUGUCUGCUCUCAAGGUACACCAGAGGAUCCAUACUGGGGAAAAGCCCCAUCAGUGCAGUACAUGUGGGAAGGCCUUCAGGCAAAUUACACUUCUCAAAACACACCAGAGGAUCCAUACUGGGGAAAAUCCCCACCAGUGCAGUACAUGUGGGAAGGCCUUAAGUUGCAUGUCUGCUCUCAAGAGACACCAGAUGAUCCAUACUGGGGAAAAGCCCCAUCAGUGCACUACAUGUGGGAAGGCCUUCAGGCAAAUUACACUUCUCAAAACACACCAGAGGAUCCAUACUGGGGAAAAUCCCCACCAGUGCAGUACAUGUGGGAAGGCCUUUAGUUGCAUGUCUGCUCUCAAGACACACCAGAUGAUCCACACUGGGGAAAAGCCACACCAGUGCAGUACAUGUGGGAAGGCUUUUAGUCACAUGUAUCAUCUCAAGACACACCAGAUGGUCCAUACUGGGGAAAAGCCACACCAGUGCAGUACAUGUGGGAAGGCCUAUAGUCACAUGUGUCAUCUCAAGACACACCAGAUGAUCCAUACUGGGGAAAAGCCACACCAGUGCAGUACAUGUGGGAAGGCCUUUAGUCGCAUGUAUCAUCUCAAGAAACACCAGAUGAUCCAUACUGGGGAAAAUCCCCACCAGUGCAGUACAUGUGGGAAGGCCUUAAGUUGCAUGUCUUCUCUCAAGACACACCAGAUGAUCCAUACUGGGGAAAAACCACACCAGUGCAGUACAUGUGGGAAGGCCUUUACUAAAAUGUUUCAGCUCAAGUUACACCAGAUGAUCCAUACUGGGGAAAUGCCACACCAGUGCAGUACAUGUGGGAAGGCCUUUAAUCAAUUGUGUCACCUCAAGAAACACCAGAAAGUCCAUACUGGGGGAAAGCCGUAUCGGUGUACUACAUGUGGAAAGUAUUUCAGGAGUAGCUCUGACCUCAACAAACAUCAGAUUACACAUACCAGAGAAAAGCCACAUCAGUGUUCUCAAUGUGGAAAGGCCUUUAGCCAUAUGUCUGUUCUCAAGAGACACCAGAGGAUCCAUACUGGGGAAAAGCCCCAUCAGUGUUGUCAGUGUGGAAAGGCCUUUAGGCAAUUGUCUACUCUCAAGGCACACCAGAAGAUCCAUACUGGGGAAAAGCCACACCAGUGCAGUACAUGUGGGAAAGCCUUUAGGCAAUUGUCUACUCUCAAGAAACACCAGAAGAUCCAUACUGGGGAAAAGCCACACCAGUGCAGUACAUGUGGGAAGGCCUUUAGGCAAUUGUCUACUCUCAAGAAACACCAGAAGAUCCAUACUGGGGAAAAGCCACACCAGUGCAGUACAUGUGGGAAGGCCUUUGGGCAAUUGUCUACUCUCAAGACACACCAGAGAAUCCAUACUGGAGAAAAGCCAUAUCAGUGCUCUACAUGUGGGAAGGCCUUUAAUCGAAUAUCUAAUCUCUACGUACAUCUGAAGAUCCAUUCUGGGUAAAAGCCAUAUCAGUGUCGUUCAUGUGGAAAGUAUACUGUAUCAGGAGUAGCUUGGCCCUCACCAGACAUCAGAUGACA